CUCGCAGAUUGGUGGAGUUGCUAGCGAUAGGCCCAGGUCAAAAGGCUCGACUCAGACCUGGGAGCAGUGAUGGCGCCUGUAUCUUGGCUGAUUUAUUCCGCCUGCCUUGGUGGAGACUGCGGCCGCCCGCGCUCCUCGCCUCACGGCGGGGAUAUUCGACGAUGCCUGUGGAUGACACCGAUAAACAGGCUGAACGAAGAGCAGAAACAGCUCCGACAGACCAUGUUCAAAUUCCUUCAGCAACAUUUAGCUCCCAAAGCCCAUGAAAUUGAUCAGACCAACGAGUUCAAGGACCUUCGGGAAUUCUGGAAACAACUGGGGAACCUAGGAGUGUUGGGCAUCACAGCCCCUGCUGAAUAUGGUGGAGCAGGCCUGGGCUAUCUGGACCACGUGUUAGUCAUGGAGGAGAUAUCCCGAGCCUCUGCAUCUGUGGGGCUCAGUUAUGGAGCCCACUCCAACCUCUGUGUCAAUCAACUGGUCCGAAAUGGAAAUGAAGCCCAAAAGGAAAAAUACCUCCCCAAGCUCAUCAGUGGGGAACAUAUUGGAGCCUUGGCCAUGAGUGAGCCCAAUGCCGGUUCUGAUGUUGUAUCCAUGAAGCUGAAAGCUGAAAAGAAAGGGGAUUACUACUUCCUGAAUGGCACAAAGUUUUGGAUCACCAACGGACCAGAUGCUGAUGUUGUCAUUGUCUAUGCCAAGACAGACAUGUCUGCUGUGCCAGUUUCCCAAGGCAUCACAGCCUUCAUUGUGGAGAAGGGCAUGCCUGGAUUUAGCACAUCCAAGAAGCUAGACAAGCUAGGAAUGAGGGGCUCUAACACCUGUGAGCUGGUCUUUGAAAACUGCAAGGUCCCUGUGUCCAAUGUCCUGGGUCACCUGAAUAAGGGUGUCUAUGUACUGAUGAGUGGACUGGAUCUGGAGCGCUUAGUGCUGUCUGGGGGGCCCCUGGGGAUCAUGCAAGCUGUGCUGGAUCACACCAUCCCCUACCUGCAUGUGAGGGAAGCCUUUGGCCAAAAGAUCGGCCAUUUUCAACUGAUGCAGGGCAAAAUGGCAGACAUGUACACCCGCCUCGCAACCAGUCGGCAUUACAUCUAUAACGUGGCCAAAGCUUGUGAUGAUGGGUUACAUACUCCCAAGGACUGUGCAAGUGCAAUCCUUUAUGCAGCAGAGUCAGCCACACAAGUGGCUCUGGAUGGCAUCCAGUGCUUAGGUGGCAAUGGAUACAUUAAUGAUUUCCCUAUGGGACGCUUUCUUCGAGAUGCCAAGCUGUAUGAAAUCGGGGCUGGGACCAGUGAGAUUCGGAGGCUGGUCAUUGGUCGGGCCUUCAACGAGGCCUUCAAAUAACAUCUAAAAGUGUGUUCCCUUCCCUAGCAACGUGACCAGAGGACAUUUCUUUGGGAAGCUGGGGUUGGUGGAGCUUUCCUGUACCUCAGAGCAGCAAAAAGCCAGUCCCACUGCUUGUCUGCCUGUCUGUCCACCCGGAGCUCAGCACCAGACAGGAUUUACUGAGGAUAAUGGGGCAAUGGCAGCAGUACUUCCAAUGAUCUUGACUCCUUUGGAAGCCACCCACCCAGGGACAGUGUUUUCCUAAGCCUUGAGGAUUUUGCUGGGUUCAAUAGGCAAAUGUAAUCAAGUUCUGCUGGCACCACUGAAAGAGUUUCCUGGGGCAGACUUCCUGUGUCCUGUUCCCCUCUCCCCUCCAGCCCCACACUUAGAGGGGCCUUCUCUCCACAAGAGCAGCUCUUCCCUGGGCUUCUCCAGCCUCACGGCUCCUCAGUCUGUGUAUCUUUGAGGAGCGGCAUGUCAUUGCUCCAGUGGUUGCAGAGCUUUUCUUAGUUUUCUCUUUUCUCUUUAAACUGCUGCUUCUCCACUCACUCCAUUUGCACAGGCUCACAAAGACAUCCCGGCACUCCAGGCUGCCUUUCUCCAUGGUGCCUGCUUAGUCAGACCUUAACACAUUCUCUCCUGUUUAACUGAAAAUGUACAGUGAACUAAUGGUCAGUCACAUAAGGUCUUCCUGGGGAUUGUUCGAGACCACUCAUCACUGGCCAGCUCUCCCGCUUUACUUUGUUUUUUUUCCAGUUUGUGUUGAACUUUUGAGGUAGCUGAACCCUUCCCCACCCUCCACGAUUGUGGGGGAAGAGAAGAAUUAGAGUUAUUGCUUCAGGCUGCCCCUUCUCCCUCUUGCUUCUACCCUCCCUCCCCUUGCUAGCUCCCUUCCCCACUCAGCAGGCUCAGAUCCUAGACACUUGUUGCUGGCAACAGGGAAGGCUUGUGUCUUCUAGAUGAUACAUUCUAAUUUUAAAUUUUUGCCUCAAACAAGUCCCCUGCUGCUAUGAUAGGUGCAGAAGGAGGGCCCACAAUCUCUUGAGUCUUUCAGUUACACAUAACCCUACAACGACUUCUACUAUCUUUUUCAUUCCCCCCAAAACCAAGUGCUUUCUGAAGUGUCUGCCCUAAGAAAGCACAUGCCAUUUACAAAGGUACCAAGCAUUCCAUCCUAACUUCCUAAGUGGCCUUAGAGCUUAGCCAAGAAAGGCCUAGUUCAGGGUUGGAAUACUUCAGAAGAUACUGUAUUGGUCUAAAUAGGGCCACAUUUGCCCUAAUGUGGUUGGUCUACAGCCCAGAAUCACAUAUUAAGAGAAGCAGCAAAGAUAAAAAUGCCAGUUUUAUUAGAGUUGGAAAAUAUAUUAAAUGGUUAUUGUGCCUAACUCUGUUAGUGUAUACCUUUUUCGCCCCUUUCAGAGCCAUCUCAUGUUAGAAGUACAAGUACCUGUAUCAGGACCAAGGCAGAGCUGUCAGUCCCUUUCCCAACACCAGGAGCUAAGUUAUGUCCUCAUGUUUCCCACCUGCAGUUGUCUCAGCUCGCUGGGCAGUGCCAGUUUAACCUGAACAGUGCUGGCCAGUUUCCAGACUGUGCAUUGCCCUGAAGCCUCAAGGGCUUUUUGUUUUUUUUGGUUUUCUUAUCACAGCAGCUCAACAUCAGAUGUUUUGUAACACAUGUGGUGAGCCAAAUCCUUCUAUUUCCAAAUGUGUUUUUAGAGGGUGACAGGCAUUUGCCUCUUUUCCUAACCUCCUACUCUGAUUGGUGUCAUGUCCUUUGGCCACUGGAAAUUCCAGAUACAGGUCUCAUUCUUGUCCUUAGCCCUCAUUGUUGGAGAAUCUCCUGCAGGAUUCCUCCCUGAGGUAUUAAAAGAGUUCCGUGAGUCACAUGGGGCUGUUCCCCUACCUUCUCUCCCCUGCCAGACAUUUUUCUACAUGUGAAACCAGGUUUAAGUGACCAUCUAGGGUAGUCAAGUGGGAGGAGCAGUCUCAAAAGGCUAAUACACAUACAUACACAUCUCCGGUCUUUUUAACCAGCUGGCAAAACCAUUUGUCUCUCCAUUGGCUUGCCCUGGCUGCAUUAAAGUUCUCUCAGCCUUAGAAUUAGUGGACUGCUAAGAGCUGGCCAAAAGGAACCUCCUAAUUUUACAAGUGAGGAUAUUUAAGACAGCUAGGAGGUGGUGGUGUACCUGAAGUGCAAGACUUGGAAUCAGGAAGACCUGAGUUCAAAAUCUGACUCAGAUCCUUAAUAGCUGUGACCCUGGAUAAAACUAAACCAUUUCAGCCAUUUCCUCAUCUAUAAAAUGGGCAUCAUAAUAAUAGCACCCACCUCACAGAGUUGUUGUGAGGCUAAAAUGAGGUCAUUGUGCAAUGCUUUGCAAAUCUUAAGGCACUAUUAUAUAAAUGUGGGCUGUUAUUGUUGAGGCUUGGCUAGAGAGAUGGUCACUUGCCCAAGCUGGAAUUUAGGGGGGUAGCUAGGUGGCACAGCGGAUAGAGCACUGGCCCUGAAGUCAGGAGGACCUGAGUUCAAAUCCGGCCUUAGACACUUGACACUUACUAGCUGUGUGACCCUGGGCAAGUAAUUUAACCCCAAUUGCCUCACCAAAAAACAAAAACCCCAAAGUGGAACUUAGGGCUAGAAUCAGGGUCAUGUGACUUGGGAUAACAGAGGAAAAUGGAAGCCGUGAAAGGCUGUGGGCUUGAACCUGUCUUGCGGCCAUAUUGAAUCCAUCAGCUUGUCAGCUUUCUUCCAUAUCACAGCAAGUCUGAAGUAUUAUGUUCCACACCUUCCUCAGGCACAUGCUACCUACCACCUUGUAGGUGAAGAAGGAAGAGGACAUAGUGUUCCUAGCAUGAUGCCCAGCAGGACCUGUGCUUGGCUUCUAGCCAGGGAGAGUUGCCAAGCAUCAUGAGAGUGUUUUGGCUUCUUGCCUGCUUGAGUUUCUCUGUUAACUAGUCCCAAAUUGUGUCAUCUCUCAGAUAGGACCCUGGGAUAAAUCACACAGUGGACUUACUUUAGUUUUUCCUUCCUACACUAUUUUAAAAAGUACAAGUAAAAUCAGAUUUAAAUGA